AUGGAGUUGAAGCUCCGGAUCCCGUUACCCUAUAAGUUGUCCUCCAAAGAAUCCGACGCCCACCGCUUGGCCUUCCAAGAUUUUCGGUUAGUAUACGAUAAAUUGCUCGACUCCACAACAAAGCUGUGCUUGCUGUGUUUUGCUUUAAUUCCUGAAAAUGAAAUUGUGAAGAAGAGGUUUAUGACAUAUUGGUGGGUUGGAGAAGGCUUUGUUAGCCCAAAGCUUGAAAAAGUUGCUGAUGGAACCUUCAAAGAGCGGCUGUCGGUUGAGGAAGUUGCUGAUGGAAUCUUCAAAGAGCUGGCGAAGAACGACUGCAUUGAGCCCGUGAAUGAGAAGCACAGUGCCAAUUUUAUGACGUCUUACCGGGCGUGUUUAGUCAAUGGAUUUUCUCAGGAGUUAGCGAAAAUUGGCCCUGGAUCGGAUGCAAAAGAAACCGACCAGAACCCUGGAUUGGAUCUAGAGAAACUGCAAACAAUAUUCAAUGUCAAUGAGCCUUAUCCUGAUUUUUUCAAAUUGGAGUGGUUCUCAAAGUUGAAGAAGGUAAAGGUUCUAUAUCUGGGAAGGUUUUUCAGCCUUCAAGGAAUUUCCAGAAUUACCAAGCUUCCUGAUUUUGUCUGUAAGCUCUUAAAUUUGAGGAUCUUGGAUCUUAGAGCGUGUCACACUCUCGAGGAGCUUCCAGAUGGAAUAGGUUCACUCAAGAAUCUUACGCACUUGGAUAUAUCCGAGUGUUACUUGCUAGACUACAUUCCCAAAAAGAUUAAGUUGCUCUCAAAACUCCGAGUCCUUAAAGGGUUUGUAAUUGGUGACCGUCUAAAUGAAAAUUCGUGUACUCUUGCUGAAUUGUCAGGAUUAAAGCAGCUGAGGAAGUUGAGCAUCUACACAACCACGGAGGCUUUCCCCAACGAAGAUGACGAAAACAAUCUUCAAAAGUUUGAAAAUCUUGAAAAUUUUACAUUUGAGUGGGGAGCUUUUCCCAGCAAUACAGGCAGUGAUCCUCAGCAAGACAAGGGUGAGCCACAAUCAAUGACACCAAGCACCACAAGUUAA